AUGGCAGCUUCCAACCUAACCCCCUCUGAACCUUCAUCCUUCAUCCUAACGGGCAUCCCUGGCCUGGAAGAUGCCCAUGUCUGGAUUGCAAUCCCUUUCUGUAUGUGCUACAUGGUCAGCUUGGUGGGAAAUUUCAUGGUUCUGAUUGUUGUUGGCAAAGAGCAGACCUUGCACAAGCCGAUGUAUCUGCUGCUCUGCAUGCUGGCAUUCACAGACAUUGCCAUGUCCACCUCCGUUGUGCCUAAGGCCCUGUGUAUAUUUUGGUUCAAUUGGAAAGGCAUUACGGUGGGAGGUUGCCUCACCCAGUUGUUCUUCCUACAUGCCGCUUCCAUGACACACUCAGCCGUCCUUACAACAAUGGCCUUCGAUCGCUAUGUUGCCAUAUGUGACCCUCUGAGAUACACCACCAUCCUCAGCAAUGCAAGAAUAGCUACCUUAGGGCUUGUGGGUUUGCUAAGAGCUGUUCUCCUCAUGCUGCCUCUGCCCCUCUUCUUAAGCAGGCUGCCAUUUUGUGCCAGCCGCACUAUCGCCCAUACAUACUGUGAGAACAUGGCCGUGGCAAAGCUGUCAUGUGGGGACAUUAAAGUCAACAGCAUGUACAGCUUGGUGGUAGCAUUUACAGUUAGUGGAUUAGACUUGAUGCUCAUUGCUCUUUCCUAUGGUCUGAUCCUCAGGGCUGUCCUCAGAAUCUCCUCCCAGACAGCCCACCAGAAGGCUCGCAACACCUGCACCGCCCACAUCUGCGUGAUAGUUAUUAAUUAUACUCCAGGCUACUUCACCAGCUUGACACACCGAUUCGGAAGCCUGAAAGAUAACCAAAUGUGUCAUCUGGAAACCGCUGGUACAGGAAAAGCUGCUGUUGGAAUUAACGGUAUUCUACUAGCACUUGUGAGAGAGAUUUAUGGAACUGUGUGUUUUUGA